GCCAAAACUCUUCUUUCAGACGGCGUCGCCCACCACAAUCCGUUGCCAUCGCUCUCUCUCUCUCUCUCUCUCUCUAUAUAUAUAUAUACGUGUGUGUAUGUGUGUAGGGGGGUGGUGGAAGCGUACACGAAAAACACGUUCUCUUUUCAUCACUUCGUCCUCCUUUCCAUUUCGAUCACCAUUUCCUUUCCGGCUUUCCCAUAGUUCAACAACCCGCCACCAUAUAUACUCAAGCACACCAACGCAGAAUCCAUAAGCUACCAUGUCGGCGUGUUUCCGCCGGGUAGCCAUCGGCAUCACGGCGCCGCCAACGGCGAGUCAUCAACGGGACUACCUCCAGCGAGCAAUCUGGCUGCUCCCCGACCGACGGCGCUGGAUCGUCCUCCGAUCAGCGCCGGAGGAUCGAGGGCGGCGGUGGCUGAUCGAUGUGAAAGGGGGAGCCGGAGAGGAGCCGCUGCGAUCGGGCCGCGGCAGGGGGAAGGAGAAGACAGGGCGGCGCGCGUACGCGGUGGGGAGUUUGGUGGAGAAGGGGGAGGGCGGAGAUGAGAGGGAUCGGACGGUGGAGGUGUUGGUAGCAGCGGGGGUUACGGUGGUGCUGGGAGUAGGGAAUCGGGUGCUCUACAAACUGGCAUUGGUUCCCCUCAAGCACCAUCCCUUCUUCCUGGCUCAGCUCGCCACUUUUGGAUAUGUUAUUGUAUACUUCUCAAUCUUGUAUCUCCGGUAUCAUGCUGGCAUUGUUACUGAUAAAAUGCUUUCCUUGCCAAAAGCUCCAUAUAUUUUCGUUGGUCUGUUGGAGGCUCUGGGUGCUGCUUCUGGAAUGGCAGCUGGAGCAAUUCUUUCUGGGGCAGCAAUUCCCAUUUUAUCCCAGAGCUUUUUGGUUUGGCAACUUCUCCUGUCAUAUAUAUUUCUUGGAAGGAGGUAUAGAUUUAAUCAGAUACUUGGGUGCUUUCUGGUGGCUAUUGGUGUAAUUAUAACAGUAGCAAGUGGAUCUAGUGCUGGUUCGUUGAUGGAAGCUGGAAUUUUCUGGAGCCUACUGAUGAUAAUUUCCUUUUUGUUUCAAGCUGCUGAUACAGUAUUGAAGGAAAUAAUUUUCUUAAAUGCUACUCAACAGUUGAAGGGACGUUCACUGGAUCUAUUUGUUGUAAAUUCUUAUGGAUCUGCUUUCCAGGCACUUUUUAUAAGCCUCCUCCUACCUUUUCUAUCCAAGUUGUGGGGUAUCCCAUUUCAUCAACUGCCAAGCUAUCUUAAAGAUGGUGCAGCUUGCUUUUUGAACAGCGGCACUGUCUCUAGUGGAUGUGAUGGUGCACCACUGCUGCCUUUACUCUUUGUUAUAGUCAACAUGGGCUUCAACAUAUCUUUGCUGCAUCUGCUCAAAAUAUCUUCUGCUGUGGUAUCUUGUCUUGCAUCCACAAUUUCAGUGCCAAUAUCAGUGUUUCUCUUCACGCUCCCAUUACCAUACAUUGGCGUUGCAUCGUCCCUGCCACCGGGAUUUGUGGCUGGUGCUGUCGUCCUAAUGGCUGGCAUGCUGAUUUACACUUGGUCUCCAUCAUCAGCUCCCCGUAACCAUAGCGCCAUCACUGGUCCGACUGAACCAUGAUAUCAUGAUCAUGAUCAUAAUUGCCAUCAUGAUCAUGAUCAUAAUUGCUGUCGCCGAGCUGGACCCAGCGCCGGUUUGCUUUCAGCGGGGCAAGAAUGCGGUUUUUGUAGCAGUUAUCUUUGUUCAAACAAAUUCAAAUAAAUUUGUUGGUCCAAUAAAAUGGCUUGAUUUGCUUCCAUUGAAGAGCAGUACGAAAUCUCACUUCACCAUCCAAUUUUUAUGCCCGUACAGCUGCAGGACGAAUACGGUGAAGAAGAUGGAUUGGAACUUGAAAAAUGGAAGCUGGUUGGGUUGGUUACAUGUGGAAGCUGAAAGACAACAUUCACUACAAGCGAUUAGAAUUCAUGAUGCUUAAUCUGAUAAUUCUCCUACUAAUAUUUGUUGGUUACCUAAAGCAACUUGUUCCUUCUAUUCGAGUUUGGGUCUGGUUAGAGGAUGGGAGGAACAUUUUUUAAAAGUUUUAUGAAAAUUAUUCAAUCUACAGGCCGAGUUGUAUUCAGAACUAAUGUGAAAAGUUUUCAUACCAAGCUUCAAAACAACUCAAGGCCAAGGCCAGUACUCCACAACACCAAGUGUUCCUCGCCAAAAAUACAUCAUCAUAUUACAUGAAUGUUACCACAGAGUGGUGGGCCAACUCAUCUCGCAUGUAUUCAAGGGCUUAUGAUAUAUAGGUUAGAAAUAAAAUAGAUAAAGACGCUUGAUGUAUUAUUAUACUACUUUUGAUAAAAGAGGAUUUUGGGUGUUUUUUA